GCCGAGGUUAACCUAUUCAAGGCCGCCCACCGUUAAUCGGUGAGAGCCACUGGGGGGAGGGGGUCCCGACCCCUGACCCCCGACCCCAGCCUGGGAGGGCCGUUCCCAGCCCGGCCUCGCGGUGCCCCGGGUCUUGCCCACGUGCUGCUUCGAAGCCCUGACCUCUGAACUCUGACCCUGACCCCGGCUGGGGGGAGUGUGCUUCCUCCCGGGCCCGCAGAGGGUCGGGUGUGCGGGCCUGGGGCCUGUGUUGGCCACGGCCCGGUGGGCCCCAAGAGAUCCUCGGAGGGACCCCCAUCGCCCCCCAACGCCCCGACCCUCCCCCAGGACCGGACCCCAGGCCCGCCCAACCCAGGGGGCACGGGAAAGACCUGGGGGAUGAGCCCCCAAACCUCCAGGCCCAGGGGAGGCCCAGAGGGUGCCCAGGGGUGACCCAGGGGUGUCCAGGGGGGAGCGGGCAGGACGUGCCCAGGGAGCCCCCAGGGUCGGGCUCAGGGUGGUCCCCGCGGGCCCGGCCCUGCCCGACCAGCCGGGUGUGAGCAGGCAGAGGACACGAAGCCCGGGAGCCCCGAGCCCGGAGGGGAACCAGCCCCCGGGACCCGGGGACCCCGACCUCCCCACCUGGACCCUCCUACAUGGGAGGGGCCCUGAGGAAGAUAGGGUGGUGGGCCCGGGGCCGGAGUAGGAGUCCGGUUGUGGCGGCAGUGGCCCCGGCUGGUCGCGGACGGAGGAAGCGUCCCUGGUGGGCCGUGGACCGGCUGGGAGACACGAGGAUCCGGCUGAAGCGCCGCAGGCCGCCCCCCGCCACCGCCAUUCAGCCCGAGGACCUGGACGCUUUCUAUCGGCUCUUGGGUGACCCCAUCGUGCAGCAGUGUCUCAACCUGGACCAUGAAUUCCGGGUGUCCGACAAGUUCUUGCUGUCUAUGGUGGUGGCCUACUUCAGCCGCGUUGGGCUCCCCGCGGACUCCUACACCCGGAUACACUUCUUCCUGGCCCUUUUCAUCGCCUGCGACAUGGAGGAGGAUGAUCUGGAGUCCAAGUGGGAGAUCCUCCACGUGCUUUUUGGCAAAAUGGCCGCCGAGGGCCUCGACCGGGACUUCCUGCAGCUGAGGUGCGAGUUCCUGGCGGCCAUGGACUGGAGGGCCUGGGUCUUCCCGGAGGAGUGCGAGCAGAUCCAGGCCCAGGACCCCUCUCACUGGGCUUGGGCCCGAGACCGGACUCUCCUCCAGGAAGCCCGUGGGAUUGGUGAGCGGAAGGGAGUCAGAAGGAAGGGCUCCAGACAUCAAGGAACCCAGCCUCCAACCCGCGUAGCCACACCCAGGCCCCAGACCGGACCAAGGACCGCCCAGGAGAAGACUGGCUGGGACCCUCCUCCCUCUCCCAUGGGCCACAGGGGCCCCAGGGGGCCAGGCAGGGUCACCGCGAGCCCUCCCCAACCCAGGAGGCUGCGGCGGCCACCACAGCGGACCUCAAGUCACCUCUCCCCGAGCGGCAUCCGACAUAACGGCGGCAUCCGACAGAGCAGCGACGUCCAUCAGAGCGGAGGCGGCGUCCAUCCAAGCAGGGCCGUCCCCCGUAGGCUCCGGCCCGGUCCAUCCACCAAGGGGAAGGCAGAAACGGGAGUGCCCCCGGCUGGGCCAGGGUCCGGUCCCGAGAAGGAGGUGGCCCGGCGGCACAGACGGUCAUUUGGGAGAGAGGCCGGUGUGGGGUCCCCGAUUCCUAGAAGGGGGUCUCGGGGCUUGAAGCGAGAGACCCUCUGAAAAAUUGAAAACUGAGCCAGGGGCCCCGAGUCAGGGAUCAGCAGACUGGGGUUCGGGCAGGGGGCGGCGGUGGGACACCCCACGUGAUCCAUUGUCCCUCACGAGUAAAUCCAGGGGAGGUCAAAGGGCUGCAGACCGAUCCCAAUCUCUCCUAGCCAUCUUUCCCCAGUUUUCACUUCAAGCAUCGAUUCCACAGACCUUAUCCGGUAGUCUCUGAGAGGAGCCCACUGGCGGUGAAAUUAAUCCACCAGUCUGUGUGUGGAUGCAAAAAGCCAAUCCAUGUCUCUCUCCUUCCUUAUUGUGGAGCCACCCUGACCCAAUCAGGACAGGCACCCUGAAAGCGAAACCAAAAGACACCCACACCAUUCCCACAGCCUGAAGAUUCCCUCCUAGAAUGAAUCCCACCUCUUCCAUCUGUCCCGGAUUGUUUCCCAACACUCCAAGUAGCUCCGCCUGACCGCACCCCUCUCCCCUCCGCACUUAGUUCGAUAUUCAGCCUUCAUUUGUAAAUGGGAUUGCUAUUCACUUAUUUAUUCCAAUUACCCUAUUUGUAAAUAUUUUUAAGUCACCAAUUUCAGUGAAGAGCUCACUGGGGGCUCUUUCCCACCCCCUUUUAUUUUCCCAAAUCCUUAGAAUGGUGCCUUGCCCGCAGGUGUUCUUAAAUGCAGUUACCACCAUAUAGGAGUCCUGGGACCACACGCCAUUCCAGCUAGGGCAGUUUGCGCAGCUGGGUAUGGGGUUCAGAAUGGUCCAGAUGGACCCUACUGGGAGUAGCAAUGAGCUUCAGCUGCUCUGAGGCCUGGCCUGGGGUGCCCACCUUGGUAAACAUUAAAGAGCAAAAUCUAUCUGUGGG